GAUUGCACGGCAGUAUUCACGCGAAUUUCCAGAAAGUAGGUCGACAAAAGCGGUCGAGAGAACGGAAUAUACUACAGAUACUUAUCAAGGCCUACUUGAAAAAAAUAUUUUAUUUUUCUGUGAAGUAAAUAAUUAAUAAGGGAUAACUCCAAGGAUAAUAAUAAGCUUGCGAGUGUCACCCACACACACACACAUAUAAAGUGAGAUAUAAAGAGAGAGAGAGAGUGGAAGUGAGUGAUACUGUCACGUUGCUUCAAUAAAACAGCAACAGUUGCCUUAAGGCGGCGAGAGAGAGCCGGAGAGCGAGAACCGCAUUAUCAUAUUGCAAAAAAAAAGGCAAAAACAACUGCAACAACAGAGUGUAAAAAAUCAGAAAACAAAACAAUCUCGUGGCCCCUUACAACUUACAUAAACAACAACGUUCGUAACGGGUAUAUAGUGCUUAUUAAUAAGUGCCGGUCGGUCGCCAGAGCGAGAAAAAGAAAACACACACACACUGACACACACACAAAUACAUAUACGGAGAGAAAAAACAAUAACAAUCCGGACUCUGGGAGUGGAGAGCACGUUGCACAAAAUAAAUAUAUAAAAAUAAAUAAAAAAAAAAACAAAGUAAUCGCAGCGUAAACAAAGCCGGGCAUUAGAAACAACAAAAAUGUACACCUGGAAUGUUUCGAUUUCGGUUUAAUUUUAGACUCGCUCAAUAUUACGCAUACGUAGCGUUGCACCAGAUGGUUUUCAUUUCACCAUUUCAUGGUUUUCAAAUGGGGAUCUAUCAGGAUUUAACAAUUUUCAAUGCGGAGUAUUGAAUUCAAGGCUUCAAUUCUUGAUCUCAAGACUUUGCCUUUUGAGACUUGAAUAUUUUGCAUAUUGCUUAUACGCCUGGUGGGCUUUGAGUCAUUUUGUUUCGCUUUUAUGCAACAAAGUCAUUAAUUAAAGUGUGAAAUAUUACUCAUUGUAAGAGCAACUCGUACAUUUUAAGAUCAGCUAGUACAGCUUGGCUUUGGUCACACUAAUUUUAAGGAAAAAGAAUGGGAAAAGUUUCUAAGAAAUAUUACUCAUACGCACUGUAUUUUUUUUUGCUUUAAAUGCAGUUUUGGUCAUACUAUUUCACACUUUAUAAUUGGAACAAGUUUUUAUUGUUUUAUUUUUAUAUUUUUUCUGUUUUUCUGUUCUGUCACUGAGAUAAAAAAGUUACUCAUACGCCCUGUGUUAGUUCUGCUUCAUAAACACUUUUGGUCACACUAAUUAUAGAAAAGUCGCAGUUAUUGUCUGGAAAUUAAAAAAUUAUUACGUGAGGAAGUCUGCGCGUCUGGAUUAUCCAACUAUCUAUGUCCUUGUGACGCAGACACCCCCGUGUAACCUAAUCCUGUGGGGUUAUGACCUUUUACGACUUCUGACAGACUCUACUCUAGUUUAUAUAAACGUCGCAUUUUGUCAACACGCCGCCCUUCAUCUCUGACGCCGAAAAGUGCUGAUUAUGCAUCACACUUUGUUGCAUGCAUCCUGGGAAUUAUGUUAUGUCUCAGAUUCCAAUUUUGGCCAGCGAAUCUGGUUCUUGGUUGCAUAAUGGCUCUUAUUAUUUUGCCUUUUUAUUUUGCUCUUGUGUUUAUGUUAUGUAAGCAUUAUUCUGGCAUUCUUGUGAUGGGGAAUUUAUGUAAUUAAAGGGAACUCAUCCCACACGUGUAUGUUUUUUUGGGAAAUGUGAUAUGCGCGAUUAGCGAAUAGUGCUGCGAUUCUAGAAUUACAUAAAGCCCUUUGUCAUUAUUCAGCAGAAAUCAUAAGAUAAGAUACAAAUUUAUGUAUUUAUUUUUAGAUUUAAAUUUAAAUUGGGUUAUCAGCCAUCUUAUCUGUCUAUCUAUGCUUCUGUCUGUCUUUCUAUCUUUCUAUCCAACUAUCUUUCUAUCUGGCACUGCGUAUCUGUGAGUGUGUAUCUGUGAGGCUUAGUUGCCCCUGUAUGUGUCAUCGCCUGUUGCUGCACGUGAAUGCAACUGAUUGGCACUCCCUCUUGCCCCAUUCCCGUCCCUCCUGUACGUUGCGUGUCGGCUCCUAAUUAUUCUGCCGCUGACGCAGUUGCCAUUAGGACAUUAUGCCACCAAUCAGGUGUUAAUCAAGGUGUCGGCCACCAAUUAGCCGGUCCAUAACCAUUAUGAUCAGUGCGAUUCGAGUGUUUAUGCCACUCGGAAAUUCGAUGCCAAUUGUUAUUGGAGGGGGAGUGUGGGUGGAAGGUGGCUGGUUUCUGGUUUCUGGUUCUAAUAAUGAUAUUUAAUGACUGCCUCAGGGUCUUAUUACUAUAGAAAAUAAAUGAAAAAUCAGAGAAGACUUUUUAGCCACUUGUGAUGAACUCUCUUGGCAACUCGAAAAUGUUCUCAAACCUUUCGAAACUCUUUUCAAAUAUUUUUCAGAAUGGCAACGUUUUAAAUGGCCUUGCUUAUUGACCUUCUUAAAACCGAAUUCAGUAAACUAUCGCUGGGAUCAUCCCAAUAUAUAAAUAUCACCGCUACGAUUGGAAGUUCAGAGAACUCGAAUACGAUGGAGGGCGGCGAGUCAACGGAAUCGAAUCACAACACCAAGGUGUCCGAUUCGGCAUAUUCGAACAGUUGCAGCAACAGUCAGUCGCAGCGCAGUGGCAGCUCCAAGUCUCGACUCAGCGGAAGUCACUCCUCGGGCAGCAGCGGCUAUGGAGGCAAGCCCUCCACCCAGGCAUCCAGUAAUGACAUGAUCAUCAAGCGGAAUAAGGACAAGUCCCGCAAGAAGAAGAAGACCAAAGCCCAGACCCUCGCCCAGACCCAGACCCAGGAACAGAGCCGGGCCAGCAUAUCCCAGGCGGGAACAAGCUCUCUGAAAAGCCGGACAGCCGGGCAGCAGUCCGAGGAGGGAACCGCCACCACACCCAGCUGCAGUGACCCAAAGCUGCGGCCCGAACAAGACCAGAAGCCGGGUGCUCGUCCCCACAAGCUAGAGGAACGUCUGGGGGCCGAGGAAGAGGAGGAGGAAGAGGUGGAGGUCUCUGGCUCGGAGGAGGAGGCCGAGGGCGGGGAGUGCGAGGGCCGCGAAUCCAAGUCAGAGCCAACCCAGACAUUCCCCACACCCUCGCCCAUGUCGGUGACGACGCUGCCCACCUCCCUGAGCGGUGUCAUCGGAGGCAACAGUUGCCACGUCGGAGUUUCCGGCACAGAUUCCGGCAUCGGAGGCGGCGGGAAGUCGGAGAAGACCUGCGAGUCGGCCCCGGGAAAGCUGGAGACAGUGGCCGGAGUGGGAGGAGCAGCCGGAGCUGCCCGGGCCGAACGCGUCAAGGAGGAUAGCUUCUGCUGUGUCAUCUCCAUGCACGAUGGCAUCGUCCUGUACACCACGCCCAGCAUCACCGACGUCCUGGGCUUUCCGCGCGACAUGUGGCUGGGUCGCUCCUUCAUCGACUUUGUCCACCUGAAGGACCGGGCCACCUUCGCCAGCCAGAUAACCACUGGCAUUCCCAUUGCCGAAUCUCGGGGCAGCACCCCCAAGGACGCCAGGAGCACAUUCUGUGUGAUGCUGCGUCGCUAUCGUGGCCUCAACUCUGGAGGAUUCGGAGUGAUUGGACGCUCUGUCAGCUACGAGCCCUUCCGCCUGGGACUCACUUUCCGGGAGGCGCCCGAAGAGGCCAGGCCGGACAACUACAUGGUCUCCAAUGGCACCAACAUGCUCCUCGUCAUCUGUGCCACGCCCAUCAAGAGCAGCUAUCGCGUUCCCGACGAGAUCCUCUCGCAGAAGAGUCCCAAGUUCGCCAUUCGCCACACGGCCACUGGCAUCAUCUCCCACGUGGACAGUGCGGCGGUCAGUGCCUUGGGGUAUCUGCCGCAGGACCUCAUCGGCCGCAGCAUCAUGGACUUCUACCACCACGAGGACCUGGCCGUCAUGAAGGAGACCUACGAGACGGUGAUGAAGAAGGGCCAGACGGCCGGAGCCUCCUUCUGCAGCAAGCCGUAUCGGUUCUUGAUCCAAAACGGGUGCUACGUCCUCCUCGAAACAGAGUGGACCAGCUUCGUGAAUCCCUGGUCGCGGAAGCUGGAGUUUGUGGUCGGCCAUCAUAGAGUUUUCCAAGGACCCAAACAGUGCAAUGUUUUUGAAACAGCUCCCAUUUGCAAGUUGAAAAUCUCAGAGGAGGCCCAAGGCCGGAAUGCCAGGAUCAAGGAGGACAUUGUCAAGCUACUGGCGGAGACUGUGUCUCGUCCUUCGGACACUGUCAAGCAGGAAGUCUCCCGUCGCUGCCAGGCCCUGGCCAGCUUCAUGGAAACCCUCAUGGACGAGGUAUCUCGCGCGGAUCUGAAGCUGGAGCUGCCCCACGAGAACGAGCUGACCGUCUCGGAGCGGGACAGCGUCAUGCUGGGGGAGAUCUCGCCCCACCACGACUACUACGACAGUAAGAGUUCCACGGAGACGCCGCCAAGCUACAACCAGUUGAACUACAACGAGAACCUGCUGCGCUUCUUCAACAGCAAGCCGUUGACCGCGCCCCUGGAGUUCGAUCCGCCAAAGAUCACCACAGUGACCGCCGUGUCCGGCGCCCACGACUCGCCCUAUGCGGACGCCCACCGCAGCAACCUGAGCCCGGUCCACGGAUUCGGCUUCGAGGGCAGCGGCGGCAGCGGUUCGUCCGGGAACUUCACCACCGGCAGCAAUGUCCACAUGAGCAGUGUGACCAAUACCAGCAAUGCGGGAACUGGAGGCACAGGAACGAACACAGGAACCAACACGGGAACGGGAACAGGCACGGGAACUGGAACAGGAACAGGGACAGGCACGGGAACAGGAACAGGGACAGGUACAGGGACUGGAACAGGGACCGGGACAGGAACUGGAAAGGGAGCUGGGGCGGGUACAGGAACGGCCACUAAUGAAACAGCUGGUCCUGGAACCACAACCACCACCACGACCAGGAGCACCACCACAGCCGCCACCGCCGCCUCCCCGCCCGUGACCCUUACCGAGUCCUUGCUGAACAAGCACAACGACGAGAUGGAGAAGUUCAUGCUGAAGAAGCAUCGCGAGUCGCGCGGCAGGUCCGGAGAUAAGUCCAAGAAGUCGGCCAACGAGUCCUCCACCCUCAAGAUGCUGGAGUACAGUGGCCCGGGGCACGGGAUCAAGCGCGGUGGCUCCCACUCCUGGGAGGGCGAGGCCAACAAACCGAAGCAGCAACUGACCCUGAGCAGUGUGGGCGUGGGCGUGGGCAUGGACACGCCCAAGGCAGUGCCCGUGAACAAUGCAGGAGUUGGAAGCGGAGGAGCGGGCGUGGCGGGCGGAGGACUCUGCAGUGGCGGUGGCAUCUCCGUGGGAACAGGCACAACUGGUGUAGGAGGCGGAGUCAAUCUCGCUAAUGGCUCCGUGGGCAGCUCCACGCCCGGACCAUCCAACUCGCAGUACCAGACGAGCAGCAUGUCCUGCACCCAGAACAUCAAUCUCUGGCCACCGUUCUCCGUGGGCAUCACCACGCCGGUGCACUCCACCCACACGGCCAUGGCCCAGAGCAGCUUCUCCUCGGCGGCAGCCGGACUGUUCCCCACCUUCUACUACAUACCGGCCGCCUCGCUGCCGCCCUCUGCCGGAUCCAAGCAGCAGCAUCCCCACCAGCACGGCCCCACCCACUCUCAUCCGCACUCCAAUCCCCACAAGAGCGUCGACCAGCCGAGCACCUCGCAGCAAGCGGCGGCAGCAGCGGCGGCGGCCACCAUGCCCCUCCAGUACAUGGCCGGGGUGAUGUAUCCGCAUCCGUCGCUCUUCUACACCCACCCGGCGGCGGCGGCAGCGGCCACUGCGAUGAUGUACCAGCCGAUGCCAUUCCCCGGAAUGGCCAACGCCCUGCCGAUGACCCAGGAGCCGGUGAACGGAGGAGCAGGAGGACAGGGCAGUGGCUUCGGAAAGAGCGUUUUCUCGCCUCAAGUGGUGGUGCCGCCACAACCCUCAACCACCAAGGGACCCAUGCCCGGGGCCUUCCACUCAAUCACGCCCAGCCAGAGAUCCGCCUCGCAGGCCACCUCCGUGAAGGCAGAGCCGGGCUCCAAUGUGGCGCCCUCCGAGUCCUCGAAGAAGGAAGUGCCAGACUCCCCCAUACCCUCGGUCAUGGGAGACUACACCUCGGAUCAGCCCUGCAGCAGCAAUCCCACCAACACCAAGAAAUACACGGAUAGCAAUGGAAACAGUGAUGACAUGGAUGGCUCCAGCUUCUCCUCGUUCUACUCUUCGUUCAUAAAGACCACGGACGGAUCGGAGAGUCCGCCGGACAAUGAAAAGGAUGCCAAGCACCGUAAGCUAAAGAGCAUCAAUUCAUCGGAUAGCAAGAUCAUGGAGCACCCGGAGGGUGACCAGACACAGCACGGAGACGGAUAGCUAAACCCGCGGGUGCUGCUGACCGAUGUACACAACCGGGUGCACAAUGUGACCGAUGUGGAACCCUAGGCGAUCCCCACUGGUCCCCAAAGCAGACACCCAAAACACCAAGGGAUCACAACACUGAAUACCCAUCCGUACAAACACAUUCCACACUAUAUAGACUGGACUUGGGGGGAUGGCAAUCCCUCGGAAAAUAUCCUUCAAGAAUCACUACAAAAGGAUGUUCAACAACAAAGAAAAACAGCGUCAAAAAACUAACAUUUGAAGUUCUCAAAUAUGAAAUAGAAAUAAAUUAAGUUUUUUUUUUUAAAUUAAGAUCUUUAUUUAUUCAGAAUAAAAACAAAACUUCAAAUUUAAUA